GAAGAGACUGUGAGCUCAGUGACUGUACAAGGACAACUGUGUGUUUGAUCACUGCAUUUAAACUCUCAAUAUGGUUGAUGCAUUCUGUGCAACUUGGAAACUGGUUGACAGCCAGAAUUUUGAUGAAUACAUGAAAGCACUGGGUGUUGGUUUUGCCACUAGGCAAGUAGGCAAUGUUACCAAACCCACAAUUGUCAUAAGUCAUGAGGAUGACAAAGUUGUCAUAAAGACGCUGAGCACCUUCAAAAACACUGAAAUUUCUUUUAAACUGGGAGAGGAGUUUGACGAAACCACAGCAGAUGACAGACAUGUAAAGUCCACUGUAACCUUGGAAGGGGACAAUCUUGUCCAUGUUCAGAGGUGGGACGGCAAGGAGACUAAGUUUGUUAGAGAAAUCAAAGAUGAUAAAAUGGUUAUGACCUUGACCUUUGAGGAUGUGCAGGCUGUCCGGACAUAUGAAAAGGAAUAAUGUCCAACUAAUGGACACUUCAGUGUUACCCUGGCAACUUGACAAUAUUACAAGGGAAUUUUUACAUUGUGUUCUCAACUGAGUUUUCCCCUUUUUAAGACGCGAGACAUUUUUUGUAAGACCUUUUAUAUAAAAUGCAUAUCGUGAAGUUUUUGUGAACAUUGCCGAAUGUCUUUAAUGUUAGUGGAUUUAUAAUUGAGGCAUGGCUUUGUGAAAAAAAUUGGAUGAAAUAAAAACUUGUUUAAAAACUAA